UACACACACAUAUCUCCUCAUCAUCCAAGCUCCACCUUAUAUGUCCUGGAAAACAUUGAUCUUCUGAGAAUUAAUAUAAAUGGCUGCCCUCAUUAUUCAGAAUGUGUUUGCAGUGAUGUGGGUGAUAAAUAUGAUGAUGUAUGGAGUGGCAAAUGGUCUGAGCAUGAACUACUACAUGAUGACAUGUCCAUUUGCUGAGUUCAUUGUUAAGAAUACUGUCAAUAGGGCUUUGCAGUCUGAUCCCACUCUUGCUGCUGCUCUUGUCAGGAUGCAUUUCCAUGACUGCUUUGUUCAGGGAUGUGAUGGAUCCAUACUGAUCGACUCUACUAAAGACAACACGGCAGAGAAAGACUCUCCCGCGAAUUUGAGCCUGAGGGGAUAUGAAAUAAUUGAUGCUGCCAAGGAUGCAUUGGAGAAACAGUGUCCUGGAGUUGUUUCUUGUUCUGAUAUUCUGGCCAUGGCUGCAAGAGAUGCUGUUUUCUUUGCUGGUGGUCCUGUUUAUGACAUACCUAAAGGAAGAAAAGAUGGAAGAAGAUCAAAGAUAGAAGACACAAUCAAUCUGCCUCCACCCACCUUGAACAGUUCGGAGCUAAUCAGGAUGUUUGGCCAGCGUGGCUUCACUCCUCAAGAAAUGGUUGCUUUGUCUGGAGCACACACACUGGGAACAGCGAGAUGCUCAUCAUUCAAGAACCGAUUGACCAAUUUCGACUCGACUCAUGACAUGGAUCCAAGUAUGGACACACAGUUUGCAAAAACACUCUCAAAAACAUGCAUUGCAGGUGACAGCGCAGAGCAGCCGUUUGACACCACCAGAAACACUUUCGACAACGACUACUUCAAUGCUCUGCAGAGGAAGGCGGGAGUUCUAUUCUCGGACCAGACGCUGUUUGCCAGUGUCCAAACCAGAGGAAUAGUGAACGCAUAUGCAAUGAACCAGGCCAUGUUCUUCUUCAAUUUCCAGCAGGCCAUGGUGAAAAUGGGAGCCAUGGAUGUCAAAGAAGGUUCAAAUGGAGAAGUCAGAAAUACCUGUCGGGUCAUCAACUGAUUAUUAGCACUAUGUAUGUUUAGCUUGCAUGCAUAUAGAAGUUGUUCCUCUUCAUUUCUGAACUUUCUUGCUUGUAUAAUUAAAUUAUAUUUAGGUGUCACACAAAUGCUUUUCUUAAUAUCUGUCACAUGUAGUAGUAAUGUAUGAUGGCUGGUCGGGGUGGAAUAGUUCAUGUUCAUCUGAUGUUUA